AUGAUGCAAGCCACACGUAAGAAUUUUGAAUCCGAAGAGUUAUUGGAUGAUGAGCUUUCAUCAUCUUCCCACACAACCUCUUCCGAAAUUCAUUUCAAUGAACCAAAUUUGGAUUCAUCCUCGAAUAGGAUAAUUACAUCAUCAUUAUUGGUGAAUCAUCAUCACAGUGAUGAUACUAACAAUUUCAAUAAUAACAUUGAAAAUUCAAAGCAUGGAGAGAUCAAUCAAAUCAUCAAUGCUAAUAUUAAUUUAAAUCAUUCCGUUUCAUUCCGAAUGGAUCUACCAUCCCACCAUAACAGUAGUUCAAACCAAGAAGGAAUUCAAUUUGAUGAAACGUCCAACACCAACAACACAUUGAAACAACAAGCGUUGAAACAACAGGAAGCUUACGGAAAAGUAACUUCUGGUUCUUCGGAUGAACCUACCAACAAUAAGAAGAAUCAACCAUCAUCAUCACUUCAACAACAACAACCUAUUUAUUGGAUUCCCAUGCAUAAACCCUCGUUAUUGGAAGAACCCAAUCAACAACUCCAAAAUAUUAUUAGCCCCUCUCUAGAAGAUGAUUCCUUCUUGAUGAUAGACGUCAACGAGAGAGGAGAUUUAUAUACGAGCCAGACCUUUCUCGAUUCGAAUGGAGUGAGGCACGAUGAAGAAAUUCGUAAACAUCGGUUAUAUCCGAGUAUGAUUCCGAGUGGAGAGGGAUUUGCUGGAUCUCUCCCAAAGUACUCGGUCUGUUUGGAUUUGGAUCAAGUGGCUAAAGAGAUGGGAAGUGAUAUUCAGGUGGAUGUGAGCUCGUUUGUGAAUGCUCCAAAUUCGACAGCGACCACUCCAAAUGUCAUGGAUUCAAGUAAUAAUAUCAAGGAUCAGAAUCAUGAGGUCAAUGCAAUGACCAUGUAUCCCUUGUUAAUUUCAGCAGUAGAUUCCGAUUCCUUGUUUGGAAACGCCAUUGGUAGUCAAUUAGUGAAACGGAGUGGGGGCGAUGCUAGCAGCAGCGGUAGUAAUUUAGGACAAGCUCUGGCAGCAUCAGCGUCCACAACAACAACAACCAUUAUGGCCACUUCAGUUGAUUUAAUUCCAUUAUUACAGCCACAAAUUGAAUUAGGAUAUUUAAACAAUUUAUUAUUGAAUGAAUCGGCGGUAUUGGACAGGAUGGGAAAAAGACAAAUUGAAUUUCAUCAUGAUUUUUAUGUUUUGUGUUAUGAAUAUUAUAAUUCGUUUUGCAAGGUGAAGAAACUGAAAGACUCACUCGCUCAAUUAGUAUCGGAACAGAAAGGAUUACAGAAGUCUCUAUUUACAUUCUCUACUAAAACUUUUCAGUCACCAACCUGUCAAUGUGGUGAUGGCUAUCAAUUGGUGGGAUCUGUGACGGCUCUCAAUGCUACGCCAAACAAACAUGUGAUUGAAGCUUUACACAAAAAUUUUGCACAAAUCCGAAGAUUGUACCAUGACAAUGUUGUGGAGGCAAAUUUAUUGAACAAGUAUGCGAACAUUCGAAUUAGUCAUUAUUUAGAUGAACUUAUUUCCAGCUCUAAUUUAUUUAAUGUGCAAACACCCAUUGUGCUGACAUUGCAACACAAUACGCGAUCAGAACAUGACAACGAAGUUGCUGAAAGAUUGAAAACCUGCAUUCAGAUCUUGUUCUUUUUUGAGCAGGUUACACACGGUAUGGCAUCCAUUGUGACGCCUUUAGGAUGCACAGAAUUGGAGUCCUCACUCGACGAGACGAUGAAAGAACUCAAGUCGUUUAGGAACGAUAUACGGAAUUGGAUUUCAUGGUGUGUCACACAACUCAUCAAAAUUGCCACCAUUGAAGACAAUCGAUUUAUUAUUUUUGAGAUUGUGAAAUGUAGACAUGUGGGUUCUUGGGCUGCAUUUAUGCUCCAAUUUCCAAUCAUUGAUUCCGACAGCAGCGUUGAUCAAUUUCUUGCCUUUUUCUCACUCUUCCUAACCCCUACGUAUAUCAAAGAAAAUGAACUCAUUCUUACUGAGGAUGAUUAUUUAAGCCUGUGGCAACAGCUACGAUUAUUUGAAAGUAUGGAUUAUAUAUUAUCAGGAUGCACACAACAAUUUUUCAAGGAAAAACAAUCUUCCUAUUUCACAUCCCUCUCGCGAGCAUUCUCCUUCAUUGAUACUGUUCUCUAUAUUCUAUACCAGGCCUUAAUUAAUUUUAGCAAGUCACCUUCUCAUUCCUCCUUUACUCGAAUGCUCUCACAAAACAUGGCGCGGCUUGUCCAGAUGGCUUCUAAUUCUAUAAGUCAAUUAGAAGGAGUGAGCACUGAAGACAUUGAGUAUUUAUUUAACAGUUUUUAUGUGAAGUGUUUUAAGGGACUUCUUUCUUCAACUUCAAACUUGUGGUCCUUCCUUUCCGAAUUACCAUAUGAAAUAAUUUCUGAAGCCUGUGCAUGUUCCAUAUUUUGGAUCAUGUUUAGAGACGAGAAAACUGUAGAUAUGAACAUUUCGUAUGACGUUUUGCGCGAUCUUGAUUUGUGGACGCACAAGUUGAAUGAAAACAAAACAUUGAGAAACAACUUUAUCACAAUGUUCCAACAGAAAGAAUGUGGAUACUUGUUCCCAGUGUUGUCUCGUUUGGGUUGUUCUCAUUCAUUUGGUCUUGCUUCAAUAAUUGUUCAUGAGUUAUUCCUGAUAGGAUUUAUUAAUGAUACAUCACGAGAUACGUACUUUAGAGAUGCUACAAAGAAUAUUGUUCUUAUUUGUGAAGCUCAUCCACGAUUAGUGUCUCUUGUAUUGGCACUUGUCACAAAAUAUUUAAAAUUUGUAGAUCGGUAUUCCCUAACUAUCUUCAAGCAGUUGCCAUUAAAGAGCUGGAAGAUCACCAAAGACAAGGAUUUGUCUCUCAUUGAAGAGCUUAUUCUCAAACCAAUGACCAGCACAGAACAUGAAUUGGCUCGAUUUAUUAUUGAAAAUCUUCCUUGGAGUGACGAUAUCAAAAAUGUACUUCUACCUUUAGAGGUACAACAAAGAUUGAUGCUUCUCGUUGCAAAAGCUGUUUCCUUUCAUCGAAAGGACUCACAAUACUCGUUUAUUAGAAAAGAUCCUUGGAAUGAACUUGAGGAAUGGGGCUACUCUAUUUUACAACGAGUGAAACUCUAUGAUGAGAUUCAAACACCUCUUGUGACCAUUCAUCCAACUGACCAUCCAACUCUAAGUGGUCUCUUACACAGCGUCGAGUCAUCCAAGAAGAAUAUUGAUGGAGUCAGCGCAUAUACCAUACUGUCUCUAAGUGAUGUUGGAACUUCUGUACAACGAUUUAAUGAAAUUGCUAAGGGUUGGCUCGAAUUAAUGAUCAACACCAAACCAAACAGAAGAGCUCUCAGAAUCAUGCUUGAAUUGAGCGUGAGAUUCUGUGAUAGCGCAAAGAAUUCCACUACCGAUGUCUCGUCCCCUAACUAUCUCACAUUUCAACCACACCUCGAUAAUAUUCUCAAUUUAGAUACGAACAAAUCAUUUCUUGGAAGAUUGGUUAACUCAGAAAGGGCUAUUGGAGAGUAUACAUGCAUUGUAUCCACAGGAAUUUGUAACUUCAUUGAAAAGCUUUUUGAGGCGCACAAACUUUCAACUCUGAAAAGUUUUGUAGCUUUUUGGGUGAAUGAAUUUAUCAAAGUGAGCUCCUGGACUACCAAUACUUGUUGCAUGUACAUUCUUAAUUCCAUUUGCAAGACUGUGCUACAACUGAACCUCGUUGGUCAAACAGGUCUUCCUAGUUACUUGUCUCAACUUGACGCCAUGGAAAAUUUUGGACUCUUCCCCACUGGUCUCUUUGGAUCUGCAACUACAAUUGUUCAUGCUCCUUUCUUUUCCAAAGACAUACGACCACAAACACAAUAUCCUCAUCUUUCAUUGUUUUAUUUACUGGGAAUUGCAUCUCAGGAAUUUCACAAAAGACAGCAAAUUGCCAAUUUAACCCUCUCCAGCAAUUUUCAAGCUGCCUCCAAAACAUUUGAUCCUGUACGGUUCUCAAUUUAUAGAAUAUUGUGCUAUUGCAUUGGUUUAUCCGAUAUCAUAGUGGAUCCUAACACGCCCUUGCCGAACGCGCAAGAAAUUCAUGCCUGCCUUCCUAUCUAUUGGCAACUCUUCUUUUAUUUAUAUUUCGAAAAACAACUCACAUCUGCAAACAUGGUCAGAUUCUUUGGCUAUCAGUUCUUAGAUAUUCCGAACAAGGAAAAGAUAAUGUCACAAAUUAUAGAAAAGUUAGAGAACCUCAAAGCCUUUUAUGGAAGAAAUACUUCUAUUUCCAAUAACGCUGCUACUUCCAUUGAGCUUUAUCAUGCCAUGGUGAUUUGGAUGAACUCUACUAAGGACUCUUUUUACACUUUGAUUAACAUGAUCAUGAAUCAAAAUACAGAUACAAUGGGCAGCACAAUACAGCCAUAUUUUCUACCAAGCAAAUUAGUGAGCGUUAUGAAUGAAGAUGUAUCGAAAGAUUGCUCCUUGCUGUGGUAUGAUUGUGUCGAUAGCUCUGUACUUCGUAUCAUCCAGGGAUCACAAGUUUCACAAUAUCUUUCUCUGAUUUAUCCAAAUUUGAAUCCUUCACAAAAGUUACUCACGAGGAAGAGUACUCGUUCGUUGAUUUUCAACAAUAGCAAAGUGGACCUCGCAUACCUGACAAAGAAAGAGAAAGAAACGAUGAAACUAAUUCCAUUGUUGCAGUCCUUCUAUGUGAACUAUUUGAAGAAAGGUUUUGUAGUGAAUAUUGCUGAUAUUGAUCCAAGUAUCAUUCGAAACUAUACAAGCAAAUAUUCGACCAAUAAGGAAACUCAUAUUAAUGCUGAUACCGAAUUUGUAACACUCUUUCCUCGAAUGUAUGACAAUGUUCGAAAACAAAAGGUUUUGGAAUUGAGAUGUUAUAAGGGCAUAUUUUGUAAAUGGCCUGGAAAAGUUCUAUUCUUUUAUGAUGAAUCAGAGGAGAACAAGGCCAUCACACAGCGAGUUGCAAACAAUAGAGCCCAUCUGUACAAAAUCUUAGAAUCUGAUUACGUUGAGCCAUAUUUGUGUGACUUGCUCCUUCGAUUAGACAUCACUCUGAGAAAUGUUGAAAGCCAACAAUUAGGAAGCUCCAUCUUUUACCAUCUUUUGCAUUACUAUCAAGCGAUUUGCAACAUGUUUCCACCUUUUCAAAAUAGUUUGGAGAGAAUUCUAAAGAGCUAUGCUGAAAAGUAUAUUCGAGACCAACCCCAUGAAAUGAUGGCUCUUAUGAGCACCAUAAUGAUAGACCCAGCUCGAACUGCUCUUCUUUCCUCGUUUUUCAAUCCAAUGCUUUCUCCUGAAUUGUGGUCAAGUUAUUUGAAAAAUCUCUACAUUGAGAAGCGAAAAAUGUUGUCAGGUAACAUGAUGUUACUUUAUUCAACAUUUAAUGUGGACGAAUGGUUAAAGAAUGAUUGUAGUUUAGAGUCAAGACAAGCAGUGAUCGAUCAUUGUAUUGAAGCUCUUAUCAUGUAUAGGCAUGACAUGACUGCUAAGGGAGUAUUGUCACGCACGGGUGAGCAGGAGAUUUUCAACUUUUAUCUUCAUCUCAUUCCUAAAUGUGUGAACCAUCAGUUUUCUGAGUUCUACAUUUACUCUGUUCGAAAAUUACUGCAAUUCAUUGCUGAUUUGCCAAGCGAAAUGAUUAGCACCUUCAAUCAGAUGGUUUUCCUUGAGGCCUCCAAUGAUGAUGUUCUUAGAGAGCACAUUGAUAUCACUCGAGAGUACUUAUGGAAAUCAAGAAAAGUUGGUAACCCUGUGUAUUCUGUAGUGCCAGCUCCAAAUGUGAAAGAACUUGUGGUCAUGAUUGAACGUAUUAUUUGCUCAUGCAAUUCUGCAUCUCCUCUUGUGGUUGAAAGUCAACAAAUAUUCGAAAUUAUUUGUAAGGUUUUUGAACCUUUAAUUUUCCCAGUGCCCACAAAUUCCAUUUCACAAUCCACUUCGUCUCUUGGCUCAGGGCAUUUCAUUUCUCCAUGGAUGGACAAGGAUCAUGCCACUGCAUCAUUCGUGGUUGCAUCAUUUGUGAAAUGUAUCAAAUUUGUGCUGCAAUUCAACAAGGACAUUUUAAAUCAUGUGUGGAAUUUGUAUUCCAAGUUUAUAUUUCCAAACAUGGAAACAAGUUGUGUCAAUAUUUAUAAUCAAGAGCUUACACAAAUUGAUUGGUCAACGUGGAGUGUCAUUAAUUUUGAUCAGAUCGCUCAACUCAGAGAAAUAUUGGACGAGCCUGUGAAAAGAUCUCUCAGCUCCAACGCUUCAACACACAGACUGUUUAUCAAAUCAAUCAUCACUUCCAUACCAUGGAUGAUCAUUGUCGACAGAAUUGUAAAGUGUGGCAUUGGAAAGGAUUUGACAAGUAGAUUUUAUUCAGACAUGCUUUGUUUAUUUGCUUCAGCUCUUCUCAAAAUGACUUCUUCACAACAAAUCGAUGAUACGCUUCUCAAUCUUGCAGAUACCACUCUAACCAUGAAUAUUGAAUGGAAUAGAAUGAAUGUUGAACAUUUCCAAAUGGCCUUGAAACAAUACAGUAAGAAUUUUAUGGAUAUUAAGGAGUAUGCUUACAAGUUGUCAAACAAACAUCUUGAGAUUGCAUUCAGAUUUUUGGAACAAGCAUGUAUCAGCAAUCAUUCUGGUCAUAUGGACGCCUCUAUCAUACAUAAUACUCAUGCCAGUCAUGUUGUUGACCAUGUCACCUACGAAUCUUCCUCACAUUAUCCAUUGUAUGAGGAAUCCAUUGAAAAUCCAAAUACUACAGCUGCCAGCACAAAACCUCUCAUUCUCUACUACAUUGAUUUUGUCAUUAGUACAAUUAGCUAUGUGUUGACGACACGCACACAACAAUCCACAUCAAAUGCAUCUAUUAUUGAGACCUACUUUUUGGGAGACAUUACAAAACCAUUUGUUUGGAUCAUGAAUGAGAUUGUCUCUCAAAAUGACUUUAAUACCAUUAUUGAACAACUACUUCAAUUGUUAACAUUUUGCAAUCAUCCAUACCCUGAAUUUGACAACAUUUUCCAAUUCCUCAUUUCCAAGCUCUUUGAACAUCCGCAACAAGUUGCACUUCCGCUUUUCAUUGCAGCCCAGUCCGUCAAGAAUUAUUCCAAAUGCGUCUUGUUGAUGGAAUUUGCCAUGAGAGCUUACUUGGGAACAAAACCAAUGUCUCCAUGGAAUGAACUUAUUUCAAACUUGUGGUUACCUCCCAAUGAAACUCUCAUUCGUCAAUUUUCAUCAGCGUGCAUUGAAAAGGGUUGUUCUUUAACUUUCUUUGUUCACAAUUUGAAGCGAUUAAUGGUUGAGAGAGGAUCCAUGAUGAUUAAUUUCGAAAAACUGGUUGGAGAAUAUAUUUUAAAUUCGAAUAUAUUUUGUAAGGAUCAAAUAGAUCUCAUACAAGUCAUCAAUGGAGGCAAUUACAGUGAUGCAUCCCAUUUGAAAUCAGAACUCUAUCUCAUUCCUGUGUGGUCACUCUACAUUAAUUUAUUGAUGGAAAAUAGACCUUCUCAUUUGGUACUUGUUGGAGACAAUACUUCUUCCGUCAUGAUGAUGUAUCCUCAAUUGCAACAACAGCAGUACAUUAAUGCAUUUUCACAGAGUAAGAGUGUCUUGUCCACACUUUGUUACUUGGAUUCACUAAUUGAUAGAAGCGCUUUUAUUGCUCCUCCACAACAGUUUUAUGCUGGGUUUGAAGGAAUUCUUGCAUUCACAAAUUUACUCCUCACCAUUAGUGAAGAUCGAAGCACGGAAAGUGCUCUUUCAAAAGUUGUCUCCUUCUUCUCGAAAAAGAAUACUCUGGAAGCGUACCAUGAAGAUUUCAAAACAUUUGCAAGAGCUUUGGGAGUGUUUUUAUUGCGUCACACUGCAAAAUUCCAUCCUGAUGAUCAGAAAGCAACCAAAGAAUAUCAAAAACUGAAAAAUGUGUUGGACAAGAAAUUAACAAAAACGAAUUUGGAUGCAAAGGAGAAGCGAUGUCUUGAAAUUUUAAAUCGAUAUCUAUCAAGUGAAAAUUAUGGAGAGAUGAACUUUUUAAUGGGGUUACAAUCGUUGAUGUUCGAAUUGUUGAAUGUCAUGUUUGACACAAAGCAAAUUACUGUGUUUCCUUAUUUUUGA